AUGUUCCUUCUCCCCUGUCUCAAUACCCAGGUUUUGAUUCAUUUGGGGGUCAGGAAGAUACCGCGUGCUCAUGUCAUGAAGAGGUGGACUAUAGAUGCCCGAGACAACUUGCCGCUGCACCUCCUCCAUUAUCAAAAAGAUCAAGGGCCUCCGCGGUUGUCAUCAUACAGACAUACGGCGCUACACCUCACUGCCCUCGAGUUUGUGCAGCUUGGUGAUAGCAACGUUGAUGCGUUCGAUAGAGCAAUUGACAUUUUGAAUGCAGGCAAGGCGGAGCUGUCAGUUCUGGCAGCGACCAAGGAUGGCAAAAGUUUGGUGGACCAAACUCAGGUUGGUGACUCAGCCAGUCCGACGCAUGCUCUGGAUGGUGGCGGUUCUCGCGUAGAUGAUAUGUCCUCUGAGAUGUUCGUCUCCACCGAGUGUGGUCUUAGCUCUGUUUCUGGGGGUGCUGGGUCUAGUAGUUCAUUGUCGAUGCUGCUAGCGCCGGAUAGGAAGAAGCAAAAGGGCAGACCGACUACGGCGAGGGACAAGCCUGGAUACGAGGUCCAAGACAAACGUUCAAGGUUCUGUACGGUUUGUAGGGAGAAGGGGCACAAGAGCACGACGUGCCCCCGCAGGGGUGAUCUUCCAAAGAAGCCUCGCAAAAUUCCUACAUGUGGCAAUUGUGGUGUUGCUGGGCACAAGAAAACAAGUUGUUUCAACCCGGUGUUGCCGUUUGUGAAGAGUCCUCGAGACGGACCAGUCGAGUGA